CAUUUAAAAAAAUCAACAAGCCGUUUUGGGGAAGAAAUUGAUUAAUGCACGCAACAUGGAUAGUAUGCAUUUGGUUGUAUACCUUUUCGUAAUCUAUAUGUACGCAGAAACUACAUCAUGCCAACCUUCGGGUGCAUGUAAUGGCGGUGAGCAAUCAGUUUGCAAAUGUGAACAUAUUAAAUCUGAGGUGAAGGUAAAUUGUUCCGGUCGUGGGCUCACUCAGUUACCUGUUGGAAUCCCCACAAACACAACACAACUUUAUCUAGACCACAACAACCUAACAAACAUCGUCGAUGAUGCGUUGCUUAGACUUCCUAGUUUGCAUAAAAUAUCAAUGAACUACAAUAAGAUGACUACUUUACCAAUGUUUCCUAAAUAUAUUAAAGAAAUAUACGCCGAGCAUAACGAGUUGCAGUCCAUCGAUGGAGCUUUUGCCAAUUUAUCUCGCAUUAGUCAGGUAUAUUUGAGUGGUAACAAAAUAACUGUUCUAAAAAAUACGACAUUCAAGGACGUCUUAAUGAUUAGUUAUUUGGAGAUUGAUGAUAAUCCUUUGGAGGUUAUUGAACCAUACACGUUUGCACCCCUCAUAUAUCUCUAUUUUCUGGAUCUUAAAAAAACAAAAAUGCAAGCAUUGUCGGAGAAUUCGUUAUAUAUGUCUGGUGAUGUUAAAAAGAACAUAUACCUCGGAAACUCGUUAAUUACCAAUUUGUCCACAUUGACUUUCAACAAUAUUCCGUCUGGCAGUGUAAUAAAAUUAAGUCGCAGUCAAAUAGUCACGAUUCCAGCUAGAGUAAUUAACGGAAGCUUUUUGGAUACAUUGGAUCUCAGUAGUAACCGAAUCUUAUACAUCGAUCCUGAUGCAUUUGUAGAGUUGAACACCAUCUUAGAUUUGUAUCUUUUCGACAACUUAUUAACUGUGUUUCCUCGAGCUUUGUUCAAGCUACAUGUGACACAACUCAUUGAUGUAAGUUGGAAUAACAUUUCCUCUCUUGGAAGUGGACCCGUUUUAAAAUAUUCACCACGCAACUUAGUGCUAACAAGGAAUAAAAUACAAACUAUUUCAAGGGACAAUUUUAGCGGUCUUGGAUCUCUGACACUUGUUUUGCUUCUCCAAAAUAACAUAACGUAUAUUGCAGACGGUGCAUUUAAUGGAACCAGUAUUACACACCUUUUCGUACAGGGAAAUUUCUUGAGUCACAUAACGAAUAAAACAUUUUACGUGGAGAUGGGCACAAUAGACUACCUAUACAUUUACGACAACCCAAUACAGGUAAUAGAAAACAACGCGUUUUCUCAUACGGCACAAAACUCAACUGUAUAUCUAACUUGCGAGAACCUCAGGAAUAUCCCUUCAGUAUUUUCUGAAAAGAUAUUUAAUGGUUACUGUAUGACAGAUACAACAACUAUUGUAAUUGACAAAAUAAUCCUGUUGAAUUAUAAGAUCCGAUUAUAUGGCAUUGUUUGUAGCAGUGAUGGUGAAUGUUCGCCUUGCCGACCAGGAUACUAUGGACAAAAACUUUAUGUUUUGAAAAUUAUGUUCCUUAUACUGUAUUUAGGAGGAUUUUAUCAGGAUCUGCUAGGAUUCGUUGAGAAGGGAAAUUAUACAGCAAACUGUAAGCGUUGUCCACUUGGAACUUUCUCGCCUCGUAGUGGUGCAGGCUCUGUUGCUGAUUGCCAAGCAUGUCCAACUGGAACAAAAACAGAUCAAUUGGCAAAUCUUAAUGCUUGUGACUGUCUACGUAACUUCCAUCGUACUGAUCGUUACGGCCCAUGCGUACAUUGUCCUGAAGGUGUCGACUGCACAGAUGGCGUUCAGCGUUUGAUUCAAGGAUACUGGUGGUCUUGGAAAUUUCCAGCUGCUCCCGGAAGUUUUGAGAACUACAGCCAAUUUGUAGCAAAUUUGAAAAGUGAUAGAUUCAAUAUUAAAGAUCCUGAUGUCUUAAAAGAGACAACAUACAUCGGACUGUUACCGGCUGUUCACGCUUGUCCCCGUAUUAAAAGUUGUAAUGGUGGCGGAAUCAAUGCCAACUGUUCUAAAGGUUAUUCGGGAUGGUUGUGUGCAGCGUGCAGCCAUAACCAUUACCAAUUAUUCAAUGAAUGCUUUAAAUGUCAGCACAUUGGUGUAAUAGUCACUGUCUUUGUUGCUGUCACAAUUGUGUUGACGUCUGUCGGAUACGUCGUGUGGAAACUGGACAGACGAGGAAGAGGAAGAAAUGGCAUAGGUUCCUUCAUGAUUCAUAUGAAGAUCGCAAUCAAUUUUUAUCAAAUUCUUGGAAUACUGUCUGAAGUGAAUGAAAUUCAUUGGCCAGAAGACUUCCAAUCAGUUGGAGAAAGCCUUCAAUAUCUGGACAUUGUUCGCUACAUCAAUAUUCUCAGCCCGAGAUGUAUUUUUUCAGACUCUUGGAACGCAUACACACUUCUCUAUAUUGCAAUAGCGACACCUUUCAUUAUCGUGGCAUUGACAUCUCUGGUCUUCUUCCUUUGGCACAUUCUAAAUCGAUACAGGGGUGACCUCUCUGCUCAUCACCUUAAAGACAAAUGCCUGUCAAUCAUAAUUAUGAUACUGUACUUGACUUAUGCCAGCACUUGCUCCAACAUCAUGGCGGUAGGACCAUGGUCAAUUCGUACAUUUUACGUUACUGAAGACGGCGGAGACAAAAAGAGAGUAUUGACUUCUGACUACUCCAUCGAUGUAGAAGAUGGAUCAGUGUAUGACUUUAACAAGAACAUUGUUUAUUGUUCUUUGGUGUACGUGUUAUAUUUUCCUAUUUUCGUUAUUAUUGUAUUGUAUUGCCGAUACAAGCGUCCUGAAGAACAACCAGAAACUCUAGAAUGGAAGUUCUUCAGUAGACCAUAUAGCGAUAAGUUUUGGUACUGGGAAAUAUUUGAGAUGUACAACAAGGCCGUUCUCGCUUUUAUUGCCAACUUCAAAGACGACCAAGAGUCAAACAUGUCUUAUUCGCUAUUCGUCACUACCAUUCUGAUUGCAAUACAUCUGUAUGUUGAACCACUGAAGGCUAAAUCAGAUCAGAGGUUUCAAUUGCUGACACUGGUCUACGUAAUCGUUAAUUUGUCGGUUGGCGCGAUCAUCGCCUUGGAUGAGACACUGUACAUGGCAGACAACACGAUUUCUGUACUUCAUGAUAUAACACCCUUUAUUCUGCUACUUCUUAACUUGUCCAUAUUGUUCGUGGUUAUUGUUGAUUUGAUGACAAAAGUUAAAAGAGACAUUUGGGAAGAAUGGAAUCACCAUUUCGAACCGAUGAGUACGUCCGAUGACGCAGACUUGGAUUACACUGACGACGAAAAUCAUUUGACGUACCAGGACGCUACAGUUUCUGUUAAUACAUCGCACCGUGAGAUGUUGUGUAUGUGACGAAAUGCAUUUUAAACUUCAUUUUUAUGUAUAUCAAGUUCCA